AUGUCGGACCGGAGCGCCCCGGGCUGCCGGCUCAGACUGGACUGGGUCUACGGAUACCGGGGCCACCAGUGCCGGAAUAACCUGUACUACACCGCCGGCAAGGAGGUGGUGUACUUCGUGGCAGGGGUCGGCGUGGUUUACAACACCAGAGAGCACAGCCAGAGGUUUUACCUGGGACACAACGAUGACAUCAUCAGCCUGGCGUUGCACCCGGAGCGCUCCCUUGUGGCGACCGGUCAGGUGGGGAAGGAUCCCUAUGUGUGUGUUUGGGACUCCUUCACCGUCCAGACCGUCUCUCUGCUCCGUGACGGACACACACACGGCAUCGCCUGCCUCGCAUUCAGCGCGGACGGACAGCGGUUAGCCUCAGUCGGCCUGGAUGCCAAAAACACAGUAUGCAUCUGGGAGUGGAAGAGAGGGAAGAUCCUGGCUACAGCCACCGGACACUCAGACAGGAUCUUCGAUAUCUGCUGGGAUUUGUUUCAACAGAACCGCCUAGUGAGCUGUGGAGUCAAACACAUCAAGUUCUGGUCUCUGUGUGGUAACUCUCUCACUCCAAAGCGAGGGAUUUUCGGGAAGACGGGUGACUUGCAGACCAUCCUGUGCGUCGCCUCAGCCAAAGAUGAUAUCACAUACUCGGGGGCGCUCAACGGGGACAUUUACGUCUGGAAGGGACUCAACCUGAUAAAAACAGUUCAGUCUGCCCAUGGGGCUGGUAUCUUCAGCAUGUAUUCCUGUGAGGAGGGUUUUGCCACAGGAGGCAGAGACGGCUGUGUCCGGCUGUGGGACGUUGACUUCAGACCGAUAACCAAGAUCGACCUGCGGGAGGCCGAGCAGGGAUACAAAGGUCUGUCUAUUCGUAGCGUCUGCUGGCGAGCCGACCGAAUCCUGGCAGGAACGCAGGACAGCGAGAUCUUUGAGGUGAUGGUGAGGGAUCGGGACAAGCCGCUGCUGAUCAUGCAGGGACACAGCGAGGGUGAGCUCUGGGCGCUGGACGUUCACCCCAAAAAGCCUCUGGCAGUCACCGGCAGCGACGACCGCUCCGUCAGGUUGUGGAGUCUGGUGGAUCACGCACUCAUCGCCCGCUGUAACAUGGAGGAGGCGGUGCGCAGCGUGGCGUUCAGUGUGGACGGAUACCAGCUGGCCCUGGGCAUGAAGGACGGAUCCUUCACUGUGCUGAGAGUCAGAGACAUGACCGAGGUGGUUCACAUCAAAGACAGGAAGGAGGUGAUCCACGAGAUGAAGUUUUCUCCGGAUGGAGCGUACCUCGCUGUCGGCUCCAACGACGGACUUGUGGACAUCUACGCUGUCGCCCAGAGAUUCAAAAAGGUGGGAGAGUGCAGCAAAUCCUCCAGUUUCAUCACACACCUAGACUGGUCUCUGGACGGCAAAAUCCUGCAGACCAACGACGGAGCUGGAGAACGCCUCUUCUACCGAAUGCCUAUGGGGAAGCCAGUUGUCAGUAAGGAGGAGGUGAAAGGUCAGUGCUGGGCAUCCUGGAGUGGCGUCCUGGGCUCAGAAGUCAGCGGCAUCUGGCCUAAAUACUCUAAUCUAACUGAGAUCAACGCUGUGGACGCCAAUAACGCUGCUGCCGUGCUCGUUACCGGAGACGGCCUCGGCCUGGUUAAGCUCUACCGCUUCCCCUGUCUGAGGAAAGGAGCCAAAUUCAAGAAGUACAUUGGUCACUCAGCCCAUGUGACCAACGUCCGCUGGUCACAUGACCUGCAGUGGGUGCUGACCACAGGUGGGGCAGACCACGCCCUCUUCCAGUGGAGGUUUCUACCAGAGUCGGUCAUGAACGGAGGACUGGAUAUCAACAUACAAGACAGUCAUGGAGACUCCAACGGGGAGGAGUCGGACAGCGACGUGUCGGAUGUCCCGGAGCUCGACUCCGAUAUCGAGCAGGAAACACAGAUCAACUACGACAGACAGGUGUAUAAGGAGGACCUGCCUCAGUUGCGACAGCAGAGCAGAGAGAAGAAACUCCAGGUUGGAUCUCUGAAGAGACAGAGAGGACCCGACCAAGGCCUCCGGCUGCAGUUUGUGCACGGGUACCGUGGGUACGACUGCAGGAACAACCUGUUCUACACUCAGGGGGGGGAGGUGUUGUACCACGUGGCGGCGGUGUGCGUGAUCUACAACCGGCAGCUGCACAGCCAGCGCUUCUACCUCGGCCACGACGACGACAUCCUGAGCCUCAGCAUCCACCCGCUGAAGGACUAUGCUGCUUCAGGACAGGUGGGGAGGGACCCAGCCAUCCACGUGUGGGACAUCCAGACUCUGAAGUGUCUGUCUUUGCUGAAAGGAUUCCACCAGAGAGGAGUGUGUGCUCUGGAUUUCUCAGCUGAUGGAAAGAGUCUGGUGUCAGUGGGAGUCGAUGACGGACAUUCAAUUGUAGUCUGGGACUGGAAGAGAGGAGAGAAACUCGCUACUGCCAGAGGUCAUAAGGAGAAGAUAUUUGUGGUGAAGUGUAAUCCCAUGCUGAUGGACAAACUGGUCACUGUGGGAAUUAAACACAUCCAGUUUUGGCAGCAUGCAGGUGGCGGCCUGACUUACAAGCGCGGUGUGUUCAGGUGCGUCGGCCGGCCGGAGACCAUGAUGUCAGUGUGUUACGGCCGCAGCGAUGCGCUGGCGUUCACCGGCGCCGCCACGGGAGACGUUUACAUCUGGAAGGAACCACUGCUGAUGAAAACAGUCAAAGCUCACGAUGGACCGGUGUUCGCCAUGUUCUCCCUCGACAAGGGCUUUGUGACGGGCGGGAAGGACGGCGUGGUGGAGCUAUGGGACGACAUGUUUGACCGCUGCCUGAAGACUUACGCCAUCAAGAGAGCAGCACUGUCCCCGGGCUCCAAAGGCCUGCUCCUGGAGGACAACCCGUCCAUCAGGGCCAUCACUCUGGGUCACGGUCACAUCCUGGUUGGAACCAAAAACGGAGAAGUUCUGGAGAUCGACAAGACCGGACCCAUGACCCUGCUGGUGCAGGGUCACAUGGAGGGCGAGGUUUGGGGUCUGGCCGCUCACCCCCUCCUCCACGUGUGUGCCACCGUCAGCGACGACAGAACCCUGCGCCUGUGGGAGACGUCAGCUAAUCACCGCAUGGUGGCCGUCCGCAAGCUGAAGAGAGGCGGUCGAUGCUGUGCUUUCUCUCCUGACGGAAAGGCGUUGGCGGUUGGUCUCAGUGAUGGCGGCGUGCUGGUGGUGAACGCAGACACGCUGGAGGAUCUCCUGGGCUUUCAUCAUCGCCGCGACACCAUCUCUGACGUCCGCUUCACUCCAGACUCGGGCAAAUUCCUGGCGGUGGCGUCACACGACAGCUUCGUGGACAUCUACAAUGUGCAGAGCAGCAAGAGAGUGGGGAUCUGUAAAGGAGCGUCCAGUUACAUCACGCACAUCGACUGGGACGCUCGAGGUAAACUACUGCAGGUGAACACAGGAGCCAAAGAGCAACUUUUCUUCGAAGCCCCGAGAGGAAAAAGACAAACCAUCAGAAACACUGAGCUGGAGCGGAUCGAGUGGUCCAGCUGGACGUGUGUUCUGGGUUCGAGCUGUGAGGGAAUCUGGCCGACGCACAGCGACAUCACCGACAUCAACGCCACGUCGCUCACAAGAGACCGAGCGCUGCUCGCCACCGGGGACGACUUCGGCUUCCUCAAACUGUUCAGCUACCCGGUUCGAGGUCAGUACGCUCGUUUUAAGCAUUAUGUGGGCCACAGCGCGCAGGUGAGCAACGUCCGCUGGGCUCAGGACGACUCCACCCUGCUGACGGUGGGCGGGGCCGACACCGCCCUGAUGAUCUGGGCGAGGGAGCGAGGAAGUGGGUUCGGUGGAGAGGGGGAGGGGCCUUUGUGUCGAGACAACCGACCGCUCGUGGACAGCGAGGAGUCGGAUGACGACAUUGAGGAGGACGGAGGCUACGAUAGUGACGUUGCCCGGGAGAAGACGGUGGAUUACACCACUAAGAUGUACGCUGUCAGCCUCAGAGAGAUGAGAGGAACCAAACCUCACCAACAGCUGAAGGAGCUGUCUGCCGAGGAGAGGCAGGGCAUUGUCAAGGGAUCCAGGCCUCCAGUGAGUCGAGCAGCGCCACAGCCAGAGAAACUUCAGAAGAACAACGUCUCCAAGAAGAAGAGACUGGUCGAGGACCUGGUUUUAGAUCAUGUGUUUGGUUUUCGGGGCUUCGAUUGUCGUAACAACCUGCACUACCUCAACGAUGGCACUGACAUCGUCUACCACACUGCCGCCACCUGCAUCGUGCACAGUCUCAGCAACGGAACUCAGAGUUUCUACCUGGAGCACACUGAUGACAUCCUCUCUCUGACCGCCAACCAGCACCCGAAAUACAAAAAUGUCAUCGCCUCUGGACAGAUCGGUGACGUCAGUGAACUCCCAGGCACCACUCCCUCGAUCCAUGUGUGGGAUGCGAUGAGUAAACAGACGCUGUCCAUCCUUCGCUGUCCUCACACCAAAGGCGUCGGCUACGUUAACUUCAGCGCCACAGGGAAGCUGCUGCUGUCUGUCGGAGUGGAACCUGAACACACCAUCACUGUGUGGCGCUGGCAAGAAGGAUCCAAGGUGUGCAGUAAAGCUGGACACCCGGACCGGAUCUUCGUGGUGGAGUUUCGUCCAGACUCGGACACCCAGUUUGUGUCGGUAGGAAUCAAACAUGUGAAGUUCUGGACUCUAGCCGGAGGCGCUCUGAUGUACAAGAAGGGCGUGGUAGGAACGGUGGAGGACGGCAGGAUGCAGACAAUGCUGUCUGUCGCCUUCGGUGCUGUGAGUUCACUGCUGACUUAUUUCCUCUCCUUCAGCUUCUGUUUCCAUAUGUUGAGUGCUGACAGCUGUUAUAUACAGGUGUCCACAGGAGCUUAUAAGCGACAGGUGUUUGAAGUUCCUUCAGGGAAGCUGAUGAGCGACCAGACCAUAAUUGACAGAAUCACAUGGGCAACCUGGACCAGCAUCCUGGGAGAUGAAGUGUUGGGAAUAUGGCCGCGAAACGCAGACAAAGCUGAAGUCAACUGCGCGUGUGUGUCUCACGCCGGCCUGAACAUUGUCACCGGCGACGACUUUGGAUUGGUCAAACUGUUCGACUUCCCCUGCACAGAGAAGUUUGCCAAACACAAGCGCUACCUCGGCCACUCGCCUCACGUGACCAACAUCCGCUUCUCCCACGAAGACAGAUACGUGGUCAGCACAGGAGGAGACGACUGCAGUGUGUUUGUGUGGAAAUGCCUGUAAACGCUGAGACUUCUGCAGUCUGGUGACGCUUUUAUUUAAAGCGCCUUAACUGCACCACAAGUGGAUCCAGAGGGAGUCAAACCCACGACCCGAGCGUAUUCGCACCUGUUUGUUCGACAGUGAGUUUCGACGGUAGAGAUGGAGGAAGACUCUCUGUUGACUGCUGCAACACAAAGCCGACUUCAGUGAUUAGGUGAGAUGUUUAGAUUUGGUUGGCUUCAGAUUUUUUAGUGAUGAGGCAGGAAACUACAGACUGCAGCCAAACACAUGAGACGCUUCAUGAUGGAUCACAUGACCCUGAACAAACCACGAGGAGACGUAAAGAAGCAAAAGAAUCAUUCACUUUUUAAGGAAACAUCAGAUGUUUUUUCUUGGUCUGAACAACUGCUCAUUUAGAAGCCAACCAGCUUUGAAACAUAAGUCAUGUGACCACACUACCACAGCAGUGAAGGAGAGGUUUAAUUCUGCAUAAAGCAGUAAAUCACCACCCCAUCUCCUGCUACCCAGAAGGCCUUGCACAGGGUCAUUGUUGUACUCGGUGCAACGAGGAUGGCAAACAAACUGCACCUCCAGGUCAUUCAAUAAUCAUGUGACCAUCAGGAGUCACAGAGAGAGUGUCAAACAUAAAGAGAAAAAGGUUCAACACAACAACAUUUUGGAUUUUCAUAAAGAAAAUCUAUUUUCUCUCAAACAAACCUUUUGAAACAUUGAGUGUUUCCUCCUGUCCAGGGGUCAGAUGCAUAAAACUUUGUACACACAAGACAGAAAUAUGUAUUCGUCUGAUGUACGAAGCCGUGCGCACGCAUUGUUCUGUUUUAUGAAUCUCAGUUAUUGUGGAAAUGCUCAUUUCCACUCCCAACGUGAGCCUUCGAUAUAUGACAAACUUCAAUAAAGGACAGCUUCAACUUUAAACAAUACUGACAUGACUGUAUGUUCACUGAAAGGGUUACUGAGUGCUGGAAUUAUUCCUCCUGUUCAAACGUGAAAUUAAAAGAUCUCUUCCUAACGCACUUUCAAAUCCACAAGUUUAACCAAAGAUAAAAUGAGGAGUCAGCAGACUGAGUGAGACUAAUCAUAUUAAAAAAAUUUCAUGUAGCUGACGCUUUUAUCCAAAGCGAAUUACAACUGCUAUACAAGUCAGAGGUCGCACGAGCCUGGAGCAACUAGGGGGUAAGUGUUCUGCUCAGGGACACAUUGGUGGAUGUGUCACAGUGGGAAUCGA